GACGUGCUCAGCGACAUCGAUCAAACCGAGCAGGCCAUUAUGGAUGAAUGGGCUCCCAUGUCUGCUGAAAAACCCCAACCCAAGUUGUCUUUCGAUACAAUUGUCCAACGGACUGUGGAGGACGCCAAAAAGUCCUGCCAGCGGCAACUACAAACAGUAAUCACACUUGAUUCCGGCCUGCAGAAUGAGCUGCCUAAUGCUGCUGGUUCAAAGGUAGACGGCCGAUCCAAGAAACCUACGCCCAACUCUUCCACCGACGUGACUGGAACCGUGGAGAAGUGUUUAAAGCAGACGUCAAGCUUUCUAUCUGCUGGUCAAUCCGUGGUUGUUGACAAUACCAACAUCGACGUAGAAUCUCGGUCACGUUUCCUCGCAAUUGCGAAGCAGAUGAAUAUACCGGCUCGGGCACUCGUCAUGAACACCUCUCCAGGCAACUCGCGUCACAAUGAAAUGUUUCGUCGUUUGACCGGAUCUUCACACGAUAAAAUAAACGACAUGGUCUUUAAUAUGAUGAAGUCCAAGUACAAGGAGCCCACUACAGCCGAAGGUUUUACAGAGGUCCUAAAAAUUCCAUUUGUUCCAGCACCGCCAGACCACCUUCACGACCUCUACUAUCAAUAUUUGCUGGAAAAAUAA